AUGAAUGAUGACAAGGUCUACUUCUGCACAGACAACCAGAGGGUCUCUCUGUACCCCUCAGGCCUGGACUCCUCGGCAGUGGCUCCCACAGCCCCCAAGAUACCAAGGCUUGUUCUUGCCAUCCUGGCACUUAUGCUCAUGAUCGCUGUCACCUCUCUUACGGCUCUCUUUGUUAUGGUUCUACAGCACCCAAGACCUGCACCAGAGGCCUAUGCCUUCUCCCAAGGGUUUCCAGGAGACAACACUACUGAGGAGUUACCUGUGGAACCUGACAAUCCCUUCCACUCUGGCAGGGUGGCGGAGUUGCAAGAGGCCAUCCAGAUGUUUAAAAACCAUAUGGAGAAUUCCAGAACCUGGAGCGGGGAGAUCCAUCUGUUGACAUGCAGAGUGGAUAAUGUCAGUUCUCAGAUCCAGAUGCUCAGUGGUCACCUGAAAAAUGCCAGUGCUGACGUCCAGAUGGUAAAAAGCAUUCUAAAGGAUGUCAGUACCUUGCAUUUCCAGACCGAGACGUUAAGGAGCUCCUUGGAGGGGGCCAGCGCUGAGAUCCAGAAGCAAAGGGGAGAUCUGGAAAAGGCAAAUGCUUUAAAUUCCCAGACUCAGAGUUUCUUAAGCAGUUUAGCAAACACUAGUCUUGAGCUGCACAUGUUAAGCAGAGGCUUAGAAAACGCCAAUACUGAAAUUCAGGCGCUGAAGGCAGAGUUGGAGAUGACAAGGGCCCAGGCCCAGUUGGCAAAUAGUACUUUAAAGAAUGCUAAUGCUCAGAUCCUUGUUUUGAGAGGUAAUCUGGACAGUGUCAAUGAUUUAAGGGCCCAGAAUCAGGUUUUAAGAAAUAGCUUGAAAGGAACCAAUGCUGAGAUUCAGAAGCUCAAUAGAAGCCUGCAAAAUGCAAAUGAUUUAAACUCUCAGACCCAGACCUUUAUAAAAGGCAGUUUGGACAACACCAGUGCUGAGCUCCAGUUAUUAAGAGGUGAUUUGGAAAGGGCUGGCAAUGAGAUCCACUUGUUAAAAAAAGAUUUGGAAACGGCCGCUGCCCAGACCCAAAUAGCAAAUGGCCACCUGGAGCAGACAGAUGCUCAGAUCCAAGUACUAAAAACAGAGCUAGAAAAUGCCAGUACCUUAAAUUCUAAUAUUCAGGUGUUAAAUGAUCAUUUGAAAAAUGCCAGCAGAGAGAUUCAGACCCUAAAACAAGGAAUGGAGGGUGCUGCAGCCUUAAAUUCCACGACCCAGAUGUUAGAGGACAAUCUGCAGAAAGCCAAUGCUGAGAUCCAGAGGUUAAAAGAGGAUUUAGAGAACACUAAAAAAAUGAUAACAACGAAAAUCCAAGAGGAACAUAGGAGACUGGAGAACCUUUCUGCAACCUUUGCUUCUCAGGAGCAGCUACAGAAGACCCAGAAUCAAAUUCUCCAGCUGAUCCUGCAAGGUUGGAAGGCCUACAGAGAGAACUUAUAUUACUUUUCUGGAAUCAAGAAGUCUUGGCACAUGGCUGAGCAGUUCUGUGUGUCCCAUGGAGCCCACCUGGCCUCGGUGACCUCUGAGGACGAGCAGGAAUAUCUGGUAAAGUUCACGAGUACCUUCUACCACUGGAUUGGCCUCACUGACAGGGGCAAGGAGGGUGCCUGGCGCUGGGUAGAUGAGACACCAUUCAAUUCUGCCCGGAGCGCAGCGUUUUGGAACGAUCAUCAGCCAGACAACUGGAAGCACAGUGAUGGGCAGACCGAAGACUGUGUCCAUAUUCAGAAGAAGUGGAAUGACAUGAACUGUAACUCCCUCUAUCACUGGGUCUGCAAGAAGCCCAUUAGCCAGGGUGUGGUCUGA